CUACAUCGCCUUCACUUUCUUUUCGCCAUUUCAUCUCAGAAAGUUUUUUCGAGCACAUUUUUUCGUGAACCAAACCUACAGAAAAGGACAAAAAUUCCGUAAACCGAACUGAAAAAAUGGCAAAGAAUAUAGAGAACAUAAUGAUCUGCGAGCCAGCUGAUGCGCUGACUUUCGAAGGGCCAUUCAACAGGGCCAUCAAGCGCAGUCUGGUUAUUCGCAGUCUCGUCAAUAAGGAUAUGGCGUACAAGCUGAAGACAACCUCGCCACGUCUGUUCUACGUUCGCCCUAACAUCGGGAUAAUUGGUGCCAAGUCGUCGGUCAGCAUCGAAAUUUUCAUGCCUCCGACACUGCCCCUGUCUCCGGACCCGUUUGGGAAGCGUCACAAAUUCCUCAUUGUGGUUGGCGAAGCUCCUGAGCCCGUAGUGGAUUUGCAGAACUUCUUCAAGGAUCUGGACCCGGCCAACGCAUGGGAAGGCAGGGUCCGCUGUGAGUUGGUGCUUCCGAUGCCGGAGAAUAACAACGGCUUCGGGGACAUCAUUUCGGACGAGUCGAUCCGCCAGACUGUUGGUGGAGAGCCCAAUGAAGAGGUUGAGCGCACGUACGACGCCCUGGAGGUCAGCACUCUGGUGGACAUGCAAAUUCUACAGGAAAAGGUUUCAAAUCUUGAGAAGGUGCGUCUGGAGUUGUCUCAGCAAAUCCAGGAUCUACGCGAUUCUGCUGAGAAGGGGCAGAACGCCAAGAAAGUUCUGCUACGCCAGCGCUCUACCAUGUUUAUGUUUUCGGCCGCAUGUGUCGCCGUUGGUGCCAUCUUAUUUUUCGGUAAUUUUGGCAAAGAUUUCCUAAAACUAAUUGAGAAAGCCUUUUAAAUAAUUGUUCUGUUAAAGCGAAUAAAAUAUGUAAUUGCUCUCCCCUAA